CAUGCGGCCACAUUGGGGUGGACAUCCCGCUGUCGAGGUCCGCUCACUCUCUUCUCCCUCGACCCCCCCUUGCCGCACUCUCCGUCGUUUGUCCUCGCGGCGCAAAGCGACAUGGCCGACAAAGCACUGGAUGGCGAUGACUCCGGGAGCAUCGUGGCGCUGCUGGAGCGCGUGGCCGGCCUCAUGGACAGCGUGCAGGUGACGCAGCAGCGCAUGGAGGAGCGUCAGCUGGAGCUGGAGAGCACGGUGAAGAGCAUCCAGGCCAACGUGCUCAAGCUGACCAUGGAGCACGCCGCCAGCAGCAGCAUGGUGGAGAGGCUCCUGGAGAAGACCCGCAAGGUCAGCAGACACGUCAAGGACGUGCGGGUCCGCGUGGAGAACCAGAACCUCCGUGUGAAAAAGGUGGAGGCCACCCAGGGAGACCUCCUGGCCAAGAACAAGUUCAGAGUGGUCAUCUAUCAGGGUGAUCAGGAAGUGAGGGCUGUCAAUGAGCCAGCAGAACAAGGUGCAGGCGGCGAGGACGAAUCCAACAAGUUUGAGCUCCCACCCGACUCCGAUGAGGAGUACAUGGUGGUAGAGGAGGCGGACUCGGCAUCGGCCGGGCGCAUGAAGAAGUCGGGCCUGACGCGCAUCGAGAGCUUCAAGGCCACCUUCUCCAAGGAGAACAUGAGCAAGACCCGCGAGAACCUCGGCACCAAAGUCAACAAGCUGGGCGAGCGCAUCGUGACGGCCGAAAGACGUGAGAAGAUCCGCCAGUCGGGCGAGCGGCUGAAGCAGACCAUCGCCAAAGGAGUCCCGGCCAAGCUAAACCUGAAAAAGGAGAGAACUGUGGCCGAAGGACAAGAAGGGGCUGAGGGCGCUGAGGGAGGCGCGCCCGUCCCGCCUCCCAAGGGCCGACGGAGCACCCCGGACGUCGCCAAGGCGGAAGGCGGCACCGAGGAGUCUGAGGUUCCUGUGUACGACAUGAAGCAGCUGUCGUAGCCGACGAAGCGCAGAGCGAGUGAGGAGAACAAGGAAGACGAAGGACCCGUUUGAUUGGAAGAAGCUAGCGGCCGACACAACGUUAAAGAUCUAAAAUGAUACGGUGAGAGUUUCUGGACAGUCUUGAUCGAAUCAGCCUCUGUGUUGACUUUGACAAGAGCACUAUUGUUUCUACGCCGCCGCUGGCUGUGCAUGUCGAUGGCUCGGACCCGCUGCAGGAGAACAACACGAGGGCGGUCUGUUUGUGUACCGGGAUGAAAAUGAAAGUGAAGCUGAAUAAAUCGGACCUGGAAGCAACAAUCAGGCUUUCUGUUGAUGUGUGAUCACGCCUUCCUGGAUACGCUCUGUUCGCAUUAGCAUGGAGCUGGAGGUUGCUUGACAAUAAAAGCAAUGCAUUAACUAACUAAAACGAGUGGAAUGACAAUGACGUGACUGACUUGAAUUUCAUUUAACACGUGUGACUUGAACUAACUCUUCUUUGAUGAAGCAACUGUUUUCUAUGUAUUUAACAAAAUAAAAGUUCACCUUCACCU